AUGAAAUCCACACUUGGCUUGGAGUUAAUAACAACCACAAAGCUAAGAUACAAUAUUAAUGUACUGCACACCCAGUAAUAACAACAAUAAAAGGAAAUUCUCCCAAAUUCUUCCUUGAUGCCACACAGAACAGGAUCACCAAAAUACUGAUUUGAGAGAGCAAAUUAAAGUUUGAUGGCGCAAACUAUGUUGCUGAGUGCCAGUGCUGGAGCAGCAGCAUUGGACCUGAAGACACAAUCCUGCAGUUUCCUUCAACCCUUCAGAUCGAAACCUGCAUUUCAUCAGCAUCUUCUUUUGUCUGGACCUCUUACCUCCCCCACUCCUUCUUCUUCUGGGAAAGUUUUCAGUCUCUUCAAAUCAAAACCCAAAGCCCCACCAGUUGUCAAGACCAAACCUAAGGUGGAGGAUGGGAUUUUUGGUACGUCCGGAGGGAUUGGAUUCUCCAAGCAAAAUGAGCUCUUUGUUGGUCGCGUGGCUAUGAUCGGGUUUGCGGCAUCAUUGCUGGGGGAAGCAAUAACAGGAAAGGGGAUUUUGGCACAACUGAACCUGGAAACUGGGAUUCCCAUUUAUGAGGCAGAGCCUCUUCUUUUGUUCUUCAUACUCUUCAAUUUGUUGGGAGCUAUUGGAGCUUUGGGAGAUAGGGGCAAGUUUGUGGAUGAUCCUGAACCGCCCACUGGACUAGACCGAGCCAUUAUCCCGCCCGGAAAAGGCUUCAGGGCAGCUCUGGGGCUCAGAGAAGGGGGUCCUCUCUUUGGAUUCACAAAGGCAAACGAGUUGUUUGUUGGGAGAUUGGCUCAACUGGGAAUUGCAUUUUCUAUAAUUGGAGAGAUCAUUACUGGAAAAGGGGCACUUGCCCAACUCAACAUCGAGACCGGCGUACCCCUAAACGAAAUAGAGCCAUUGAUCUUGUUUAACGUCGCUUUCUUCUUCUUUGCAGCCAUUAAUCCCGGCACCGGGAAAUUUGUCACUGAUGAUGGAGAAGAAGAUUAGUACUUCUCUUUUUGACAUAAUCUUUUAAAAAUAUAAUGUUAGUUCACACUGAAGGAUGUACAAUGUGGAUUCCACCAAGCCAUUUAGUUUUAAAACUGCUGACACCUAUUAGUCUCUUCUUCCUCUAUUUUCAGGGGUUUAAUAAAAAAAUUCCACAACCCUCCAAAAUAAUGUUACUU